GUGCCGUCCCGUCGUCCGGGUGGCGCAUCGCGACGCCCGAUCUGGGGCAGCAUGUGCAUCGUGCGCCCACAUGGGCGCCGCGGCCGUCGUUACGUCACACCGUCGCACUGCACGGAUUGCACCCAAUCACGGUGGCGUUAUUGGGCGCCGCGCCGUGAUGGGCGCUUGCGCCGACGUUUUUUCGAAGGCGCCCGAAGGCGCGCGACGUCCCUCGCCUAUGAUGCCAGUACCGUGUUGAUAUAGCGGAGAACAGCACGCGGCUAGAUCGGGCACGAUAACUCAAUUUUUGCCCCCCCCGGUCUUUCUUGUUUACCUUUUAGUGUAGUCGUAGUUAAAGCCGAAACCGUAAAUCCAGUGCGUAAUGGAAGCUCCGAAUCAGGAUAUGGUUGCCGCCACCGGUUCGCCGGCCGAGGUGCCCAACGAUCCAGGAAAAAUGUUUAUCGGCGGGCUUAGCUGGCAAACAACUCCAGAAAGCCUCCGAGAAUAUUUCAGUAAAUACGGAGACAUUUCAGAAGUAAUGGUAAUGAAAGACCCCGCAACACGUCGCUCCAGCGGUGGUGUCUGUCUCGCUGCGGGAGUGCAGGACAACGGGCCCAUCGUGUACACCCCCAGGGGAUUCGGAUUUAUCACGUUCACGGACCCUUCCAGUGUAGAUAAAGUCUUAGCCCAAGGAACACACGAGCUGGAUGGAAAAAAGAUCGACCCCAAAGUAGCUUUUCCUAGACGCGCACAUCCAAAGAUGGUUACCAGAACGAAAAAGAUAUUCGUGGGUGGCCUAUCAGCCCCCACUACUCUGGAAGAUGUCAAGAGCUACUUCGAACAAUUUGGACCGAUAGAGGAUGCCAUGCUGAUGUUUGAUAAACAGACAAACAGACAUAGAGGUUUCGGGUUUGUCACAUUUCAAAGCGAAGACGUCGUUGAUAAAGUUUGCGAAAUUCAUUUCCACGAGAUUAACAAUAAAAUGGUCGAAUGCAAGAAAGCACAACCGAAAGAGGUAAUGCUACCGGCCAACCUGGCCAAGACCCGGGCCGCCGGACGCGGCGCAUACGAUUUUAUGUGGUCUCUGGGAGCUCUUCCAGACGGUUUCCCAGCCGCCGCAUACGCAGCAUACGCGGCCGGCCGUGGGUACUCGGGCUACCCUAGUUUCGGACUGCCCUAUCCCACAGUUGACUUAACCAAUGGACAACUAACACCGAACAAUAACACUCCGCUAUUGACUCAAGCUUUAUCAGUAAUGAAUAACUACCAAGCCGCAGCCGCCGCCCAAGGUUUCGGGCCGCCGGCCUCUCCGCACGCGGCCGCCGCCGCAGCCGCCCAGGGCGCCCAACGUGCCGCCUUUCCGGCCGCCUCCAGCCCCGGUCCCACUCUGGAUAUGUACAACAGCAGCGGAGCCGGACCUGGAGACAGCGUCGGCUACGUGCAGGCCGCCAGCCCACAGCCAUCCAGCUUUCCGGCCAUCGCUGUAAGCCGGGCGCCGUUGAACUACAGUCCGGUGAGUCUUAAAGGCCCAUUGAUCCCCGCCGCUUUCACCAACGGCUACCACUGAGCUGCCUAUCACAGGCCGGACUAUAAUAAUAUAACUAACAAUACCAUUUGGUCGUCAUGUCGUCUCUUCGACCCACAAUUCGGUCCUCAAUAGGCAGCCAGCGCCUGUGAUUCCGUGAUCACAAACCCUAAUCUGCACUUGUACAUUCACCUUUAUAAUAUGUAUAAUAUUAAAACAAACAAAAAAUUAAUUAUAUAAUAUUAAUUAAUUUAUAUAAUAUAAUAAUAUUUAGCACCCGCUGCGCGGUUAACACUUGUUGUUGUAUAUGUUUGGUGUCUACGAAGUAAUUUAUUAUUAAAUUAUUGCCUUUGUUGUUUUAUGCCGCGGCGGCCUGAUGAUGGCCUUUUGUCGAAACCCGUUUUUGUUUUUUUUUUCAAAUAUGACUUUGUAUUAAAAUCAAUGAAUUCCCAACACGGUUUCACGCUGCCAUAAAAAAUAUUAUGGCUUUUAACAGGCAUAACUUAAAAGGACGCGAUGAACAUUUUUAUAUUACUAAUCAUUUGUUUCAAAACCUUUAAAUUUUCAACUAAAGUAAGAUACUCGUACCUUUAUACCUAGACUUUUAUACUGUUCUUGAUGUCUAGAUUUUCCAUAGAAUUUCUUUUUUAUAAAUUAGAUGCCUUUCACUAUCUCGGUGUUAGAAUAAAGGUAAGAAUAUCUCGCUAAAAGAGGCGGUUUCGGCAAAAGUUUACUCUCAGGCAGCAAUAAACCCCCAUCCCCCACCAAACACAAGCACUAUUGGUUAACACUUGCGUUUCUAUGAAUUACAUAUGAUAUAUUACAGGGUAUCUUUAUAGGAUACGUUAUCCUUACAUAUUAUUAUAUUAAGGACCAAUUUGGCUAACCCUGGAUUAAAUUGAAAUUUUUAUGAUUAAAUUGAAAUUUUUAUUAAAUUGAAAUUGAUUUAGUUUCUAUAAUUUUAAAUUGUGUUCUUACAUUCUAGUUGGUGUAAUACAUACGUUUUGAGGUAUACCAAAAAGAAAACUGUUAUUUUUAACAAAUUUGUAAAUAUUUUUAUUACUGUUAUUCUAUAUGUCGGACCAGACAGACCAACACUUGUUUAUUAAGUUGCACUUUCUUUGUUACCUCGUUUAAUUUUUUGCUCGAGUGUGAUAAUGAAUCUCAAAUCUGUAGACAGUAGUAGAAAAAAGUUCGCUGUUUAAUGCUCUCCAGAAAGCAGAUCUGAAGAAACGCCCGUUAAGAGGUAGCAAAGAAGAUGCUAGGCAUUUAAAAAAUUAUUUUUUCACGCUUAUGUUAUACAAAAAAAUCAACUUUUAGUGCUUGAAUGUAGAUUUUACCACUAAUUGUAAAGUUAGGCAUGUUUUGUCAAUUUUGGGGCAAAGUGUUUGGUUCUUUAAGGAAGAUUUUUAACAUUUAUUUAGAGUUAAAAAAAAUAAUUUUUAAUAAUAAUGUUUUGUUACAGUUACAACUCUCUUUAAGAACAAGCUGGAAACAAGGGUUGUUUUGAGAAGUGAAUCGUCCUUGGUUUUUACUUAAAUCCUGUUUGAAAAUCAUUAUUAUAUGACCUUUCCAGAUAAUUUUGUACUCAAAAAAGUCUGGAAAAGCGUUUUGCUGAAACGUCACUUCGUUAUACUUGUCUUUACUUUUUAAUGGAUUAGUCAAGGAAAUUAUUGUAAAAAUUAUAGUCUGUUAUUUUCUUCUUUGUCAAAGUUCACAAUAUGUCUUGAAAAAGCUAUUUAAAAAAACUGCAAAGCUUUUUGUUAUUUAUUACCUUUCGCAAUAAUUUUUCUUAAUUUAAAAUUAUAAAUUUCUAAAUUUGAGAAUAAUAGAAAAGGCAUACUUCGUCGGCAUACGUCUCUUUAUUUAAUUUCUAAUCCUUGUUCCCUAUUUGAUUUAAUAAGCAAUAAGUGUCUUAGCAAGUAAGUUCUAUUUGAUAUUUUACUCAAAUUUUCUUAAAAAUUCAGCAUCUAUGUACCUUUCCAGAUAACUUUGUAAUCCGAGUUUUCUGGAAAUGUGCCUUAUAUGGGUCUAAUUUGCUUCAUUCACUCAAGAAAAGUUUAAUUUUAAUGUUUACUAUAUUCUUGUUUUACUUCUGAAGAUAAUCAUUCAUCUCUUUAUCUUUUACUUACUAUUGGAUCUAGGUCGUAUUGGAAAGUAAUUCCCCUUUGAUGUAUUACUGGAAAAGCUUGGUUAAAUAUUACUUCUUCAUUUUACUCUUGCGUUUUUGAUGGAUUAGUCAAGGUAAUUAUUAUAAAAAUUAUAGUCCCUUAUUUCCUUCUUUGCCAAAAUUCACAAUACAAAUUUUUUUUAAAAACCUGUUUAAAGCUAAGACACCCUUUUAAUUUUAUUGCAUUCUUUUUGCCUUUUUUCUAGCAGUCGUUUUUCUUUUAAUUUAAGAAUAAUAAAAAGGCCUACUUUUUUAGGUAAGAACUUAAGGAACGCAUUGUCGCUUCUUCUAAUUUUUAACCCUUGUUAACUAUUUGAUUUAGUAAGCAAUUGAUGUCUUAAGAAAAAAGUUCUAUUUGGCAUUUUCCUAAGAUUUAAUAAUUCUGCGUCUAUGUACCUUUCCAGAUGAUUUUGUCUUCCCAGUUUUCUGGAAAUGUGCCUUAUAUUGGUCUGAUUUGCUUAAUUUAUUCAAGGAAGGUUUAAUUUUAUUAUUUAUUUUAUUCUUGUCUUUACUUUGUCUUUUGCUUACUAUUGGAUUUAGGUCGCUUUGGAAGUUAAUAUCCUUUAAUGUAUUACUCAUAUCUUUAUCGAAAUUAAUUAACCAUUGACCUUUCCAAAUAAAUUUGUAUUUCCACUUCUCAUGAAAACUUCUAUGUAUUAGUCUAAGCAAAUUUAUUUAUUCAAGAAAUGCUUAAUUUUUAUUUUUUCUUCAUUCUUGUGUUUGUUUUCUAAGGACUAUUAUGAAACCUUUAGUCUAAGGGCCUAAGAAUAGUAAUCAUAGAAAUAUUGGCUUAAGGUGUCCUUGUCUGAUUUUCUCUUAGAUAUCUACUUCUUCCUCUAACAUAAUUUCUCCCUUUUUCCUCUUUUCGUCGUUUUCUUAAAUACAAGAAUAAUUUCAAGGCAUCUUCUAGAUAAUUUCAAGUACCAAAAAAAAGUCCUUCCAGGAAGUCUUUGGUAUUCGACUUACUGUUGGUCAUCUUGGGAAGUAAAUCGCCUUUGGUAAUUCACUCAUAUCUUUACUUUAAUUUAUUAAUCAUUGAGUUUUCCAGAUAGUUAUGUAUUCCCAGUUCUCUGGAUAAUACCCUUAGAUUCUUCCAAUUUAUGUUGUUUUACUAAGAAAUUUUUCUUCUUCAUUUUUCUCUUUGACUUCUGGUAAAUUGAUGGUUUACGUACGAUUUCUUGCCUUAGGGGAACCUGGGCUAAUAAAAGAUGUGUCUUAACAUCAGCAUUCAUUUAUUUUCAACCACUUGUUUAGUCCCAUUAUCGAAUUUUCCAUCAAAUUUAGGUAAAAACAAAAUUUUAUUUUCAACCCUUUUUCCUUCUUCAUUUGACAUUUGUUAAAAGCGCCUUGAAAUGCCAAUGGAAUAAUUUUUAAAAUUUUCAAACCUGACUACGUAUAGUCCGUUUGUAUUGUGUUUAAAUAAUAAACAGUUGUAUUAUUUACCAUGGAAGAUCAGUAAAAGGUAGAAAUGAAUGCAAUAUUUUUCAAUUACUGACAUUAUUUUUUUUAAUAUUGCAUAAAUAUCUUUUAAAUGGUAGCUAUUAUAGAACAUUUAACAACAUAACUUAACUAUAUUGGAUCCAGGUCGUCUUGAAAAGUAUAUUCCCUUUGAUGUUUUACUUAUAUCUUCCUGAAAAUUAUUCAACCAUUAGCCUUUUCAGAUAAUUUUGUAUUCCCAAUUCUCUGGAAAAGGCCCUUAGAUUUAUCCAAUUUGCCAGAAUAUGCUGACAGAUUAUUCUUCUUUCUUUUUAUUUUUGACCUUGAUUCAUUAAUGCUCCUAUUGCUACGAUUUCUUGCAACUAUUUUAAUAUUUCUUUAUUCAUAUUAUCUCAUUCUUUCUUUUAUUCAAUUAACGGUAAAGCUUCAUCUUCAACCUCCUUCUUUUCACCUAAUGGCAAAAUUGCUAGUUAAUUUACGUUUGCUAAUGGCACUUUGAAAUGCCUGGAAUAAUGAACGAAUUUAUGUUUUAGCCAUAGGGAUAAAUAAAUUUUAAAAAUGUUACGCAUUUUUCCUUAAAGUAUUGAUUCAUUGGCUUUUAAACGGAAGCUACUAUAGAAUAAUUAACAAUAUAACCCCACUAUAUUUUGCCAAAGAUACAAACAUACUUAUGUAAUGAAAUCCAAAAGGUGCCUUUAUAAACUUGACGUUCCCAGUUCCGUUAAAGCAACUUUUAAUUUUUUUUUUUUUAAAUUGUUAUGGACUCCUUGCCGAUGUUCUUGACAGCAAUAUGAACGUCAGGCUUAUAAAUUCAUCUUUAAAUAAAUAAUAUUGUUAAUUUGUAGUAUAUAAUUUAUUAACCGUUUAAAGUCUAACUGAAAAAACACCUUGUCUCAUUAAAAGUUUGUUUUUCUGUGUGGCCCGCACUUACAGUAGAUUCUAGACUAUAAAUUCUAAUAUUCGUAAAAAUCCCUUUCACAUUAUUAUUAUUAUUGAAGUGUAUGCCUAUUAUCUCUGUCGGUACUGGGCGAGGCAUGAUAAUUUUAAAGGAUAUAAUAUAUUAAUGUUUCUUGUUAUUAUGUGGAUAUUAUUAUAAUUUUUCUUGGGGUAAACUCUUGCCCAAUAAAAAUUAUAUUUUCAAUGUUAUUUUUUAUUGUUUUUAAGUUUGUUUUUUGCCAACAUAGGCUUGUUAUUUAUAAAAUGAUAUCAAGUAGGAGAUUACUUCUGGCUGAGUGGAAUACUGCUUGUGUAAUAUUUUCUCCAGUACAAAUUCCUCCACGAUAUAUUAAAAAAAAAAAAAACUUUUAGGCCGAAUGAUUGCAGCGGAUAUACAGAGUGAACCCAAUUAAAUAGAUUUUUUAAUUACUAUUUGUUAAUUUAGUAAAAUGUAAUUUUUAAGGUGGCGGGUAUAUUUAGCUAAGGCGUAUUUUAAAAUUAUCUUUAGGAUCCUUAUAAUAAUACUCUUCUUAUUUGCAAAGUAAAUUUUUCAGUUGAUCACUUUGUAUAUUUUUCAGUGUUGCUAAUGUUUCUUAGGGCGUUUUCAUUAAUUAGUCUUGCGCACAGUAGUAAAGAACGGGAUGAUCAUGUAAGUAAAGUAGUUUUAAACAACAAUUUUGAAUUAUUAGUACCUGAAUUAUAGUUAUGGUACUUUAUGAAUAGUUAGAAGUGAAAUAAACUUGUCCCUUUAUUCUCUAGAAUCACCCCAUUUAAACUGAUAAUGAUAUCUCAUGAUUGUACCAAUUAUAAUUAAAAAUUUUAUUAGUUAUGUGAUUAAUAAUAAGUCAACGUUAAAAUAUAUAGUUUUUAAUUGAUUUCAUUAAAUUUUAUGGUACAUAGAAAGAGGAAAAAAGAAACGAUUUUAGUUUUAUAAAGUUUAAUUAAAAUUUUAUAAUUAUUAUCAAUAUUUAUUUAUUUAUUCUUUAAACUUAUCGAAAUUAUAAAAUUGAAUAAAGUAAAGAAAUAGUACAGUUUAGAAAUUUAUGGUGAAAAAAGCCCUUUUUUAAUUAACUAAAAGAAAUAUAAAAUAAAAAAAACUUCGACGUCUAUACCUUUCCGUCUUUUUUUUAUUUAAAAUUUAAUAGACUUUCUACGUCAUAGUCAAUUUACAGAGGGGUGAUGAACCAGAAUUUCUAAACAGAAAUGUUCUAAUUUAAAAAAAUUAAUUUGAGGAAUUUGGACAAUUUUCGUCUUAUUUAUUAAGUUUUUUAAUGCUUAAUAUUACGCCUCUGGAAUUUUUCCUUAAUUUUUUUAUUCUUUUAGGUCAAUACCAUAUGACACUACUAAAGAAUGCUCUUUAUAUUAAAAAAAAAAUAUUUUUAAUGUAAAAAAACUCUAAAUAAGUGACCGUCCUAAAAUUUCAUUUUUAAUAUGUCCAUAGUGACUAUACAGAGGGACAGUAAGCAAGAAUUUUCAAAUAUUAAUAAAUAAAAAAAAAAAUUUUUCAUAUGAAUUUAAUUUUAAAAUUUUUAACUAAAGGGAUCAAUUUUCAAAAAAUAAUUAUUUAUUUUUGUCACUAAUUGAGGUUGGUUAAGGCAAUUUUGUAAUGGUUUGUAAUGCUUAGCUAACAUCGAGAAUACAGGGGCGAUUUUAUUAAUUAAUUAUCUCAUUCUUUAAGUAUGUUUUUUUUAUAUUAUCCUAUACGGGGAGCGUCCAGUAAAAAACGCACAUGUCCAAUGAAAGUAGUUUUGAGAAAUACUUUACAAAAACUGCUUACGGACAAGCAAUAACAAUAAAUAAAUGUUUUCAAGAUGAACAUUUAUUUGAAGACUUCAAAAUGACACUUUUAUAAGGAUUGCAAUUUAACUAGAAAACAGUUUGGAGAAUAAGUAAACAAUCGCCUUUUAAUUUUGGACAUUAUACAUUUUAUUCAAAUCUUAUGGAUAUCUGAAGUUAUACAUAUAAACUUCUAUACUUUCUUCAGGUGCUAGAUUUCCAUAAAUGAUGUUUUUGAAAAAUUCCAGCUCUGAAUGUUCCUCCCAUUUGACUUUCGUUUCUUCAUUAUUAAAUUAUUUUUCUAGCAACUGGACUUUUUCGUGUUCGACAUAGAAUAUUCUUUUUUUAAAUAACUGAUAUGUAGUAAUCAAAACUGAAGUAAAAAAUCCAGAGCCGUACAUUAAAAAGUUAAUAAAAUUGUGGUUUGUGGAAGAUGUCAAAAAUUUCGAAAAUGUAAUAAUCAAAUUACUCAAAAUUGUUAUAUACUAACUGACCCAUAAAUUGGAAAUUUCAGGGUGAUUCUAAAUGAAAUUUAGAAAAAUAUAGAUUAUUUAUUUUUCUACCUACUAUUCCUAUAACACCCAGGUCAUAAUUAUUUUACAGAGGGAUAAUGGGCACGAAUUUUCAAACGAUAUUAAAUUGAUUUUGAAGGCUUGUUUGCAUGUUGUGAUAUUUAAUUUAAUUUAUAAUUUUGUACCAAAGUACCAAUGUUUGUCCAAGCCCUCACAUGGUAAAAACACAACAAAAUAUCAAAUUUUAUUUAAAAAUAGAUAGAAUAAAAAAAAUUAACGAUGCCAAACCACAAUUGAGAAAUUAUGAAAAAUGCCCGAAACAUUAGCAACACUCCACAAACUCUAGCUAAAAACCUUUAAUAAUUUAUAUAAAAAUGGCUUUGCCCUCUUUUAUGUAUUAUAUUGGCAAAUAUUUAAAGCAACAUAUAGGUAAGAGUAACUUAUAAAAAAAAAACUAUAAGUAGUUAAGCAAAAAUUAUGUAAAUCUCUAAGUGAGUCAAUAAAAAGCGACUUUAAAGUAAUUUACUUAUUAUGGGGUGCCACAAAAAACCUAACUAAGGGAUAUUUUUGUGACACCCUGUAAAUCAGAGCUAAGUAAGGUCAACUUAAGUGAAAAGCCGAUGAACAAACAUAAUGACGCGUUGUGGCAAAUUAAAUAAUUUAUAUUCAGUUUAGCCGAUUAGUUAGAAGAAGAUAAAUAGUUGCAGACAGUGUAAGGUGGAAAAAAGAGCCAAACGUUAUUUUUUUAACAAGAAAAUGUGAAACGUGUAAAUGUCAAUUAAUUUACUAAUAAUUUAGAUUCAGAUGUGCGUAAAGCGCUCUAACAGUUAGAUUCACAGUUUUUAGUAGUUUGUUUAUUUUUUUUUUAAUUAAUUGCUUUUGGUGUCUAAUAUGGUUUCAUUCCAUUUAUUGAACUACAGUAUUAUGUAGCGUUGAGGUCAAUAGAGAAAUUUAGAUAAGGGUUUUUAUCCCGGUAAAAUGACCAUUUUGAUGGCCACGUUACCGGGGGGCUGUUUUAUAACCAACAAAAAAUGUGAUUUUUUAAUAAACUUUAAUAAAUAUUUAGUCAUUAUAUUUGGCUGUCGGUAACCAAGGAUUAGAUAGGAUAAAAAUAGGGAUAUUGGAACGCGUACAGCCGUUGCCAGGGCAAUCCGAUGGAUUUAAACAUGACCAAAGGUAUUUAAAAAUGUCAAUACUAUUGUCAAUCUGGACUAUAGUUUUGGGUUUUUUUUAGGGUGUUAUGCAGUUUAAAAAAUUAGGUAUAUUGUGUUUUCGAAUUAAUUAUUUCUUUCCUUUGUGUCCCUAUUAAUAAACUUAACAUUUUUAUAUAUUGGAUGCAUUUGAAGGGGAAGAAACUUUAAAUAUUUCACAAAUGUGUACUUAAAACUCUUUUAUUUUUUACUUAAUAAAAUUAUUAAAUCUUAACAGCCUCUUUAAUGCCUAUUAUAAAAAUUAAAUUACAAUUCCCGUGAAAAAUUAUUUAAUAUUACUGGAAAUAUAACGAAUAAUUCCUAAGAAGCAAUUGUGAAAUAAUUUCAUACCCUUCGGCACGGAUCCGUUUUAAUAUAGCAUCAAUCAAUAUGUGAGGCCCAAGAGGUAUUAUUAAUAAAUAAACCCAAAAAUCCACUUUAAUCAUUUUGUAUGCAUAACUUAAAUGGAUGUGAAUAGCGUUAUCACUUUAAAUCAAUAUAAUUUUAUUGGGAAGAUUUUUUUAGGUUUAAAACAUAACUAGCUGACAUUUUAGUUUUUUUAUGCCAUAAUAUCAACCCGUUUCAACAAUAAAUGUAAACUAAAAUAACUAUAUAUUCCCUUAUAACAUUUAAAAUCUACUUCCUAAAUAAAAAACCCAUGCAUAACUUAAAUGAAAGUGAUUGUCAUAUUCAUUUCAAAUUCUUAAUAUUUUGGCUUUUAUGGACCAUUGACUAUUUUUUAUUAAUUAUUUCUUGAUCCUUUAAUUAAAUAAAAUAAUUAAAUUUAUAUCUAUAGUUUUUAAAAACCAGGAAUAAAAUUGAAAACCACUGUAAAUGCCCAAAAAAUAUUUAUUCAUUCUGGAAAAUAAUAUCAAGUUCCUGGGAGAUAUACAAAAUUACUACCAAAUUAUCUUGGAAAAGUAUGAUGAAAUUGGUAGACUGCCAACAUUGCCUAAUAUAAAAAAUUAUUUCCAAUACCUGGAUAAACGUGAGCAAAUGUUUAAAAUCACUAAAAAAGCAAAAAUUGCGUCAAAUUCCUGGAUUAAAGCGAAAAAUUCCUAAAAAGAUAAUUGGAAAAUUAAUUCAUACCUUCCGGGUAUUUUACACAUUUUUAUGAAAAAUUGUGUUUUAAUAUAACAUUCAAUAUGUGUGCUCAGGGAGUUAAAUAAACCUUAAAAUCCAGGUUUUAACAAUAAUUUUAAACGAAAGUAUGUAUCUCUACAUUGCCGAAUGGCGUUUUAAUUUACUUCUUAAAUAAAAAAAAAAUUACGCAUUACUAAAAUGGAUGUGAUUGAUAUACUCAUUUUAGAUUCUUAAUUUUUUGUUUUUUUAUGAACCGUUAAUAAUUUAUUUUUUUAAUUCUUUCUUGGUCCUUUGGAAACAUAAUCUAAUAUAUAUAUAUUUUAAAUACAUGGAGACUUAAAGUAGGAAAUGAAGUUAAUGCCAAAGAUAUGAAAAAUUACUUUUAUAUGCCAGAAAUAAAAGAAAAAAUUUCUCUAAACGCAUAUAACAAAACUUCUUUUUUCUGAUGAAUUUUAAAUGCCUGGAAUAAAAUUGAAAAUUAAUAUAAAUUCUUAAAAAAAAUAUUCUUACUUUCUGGAAAAUAAUUUGAAGAUUUUGGAAGAUAUACAAAAUUACUACCAAUAAAUCCUGGAAUAGAAGAAAAAAAAUUCCUAAAAGCAUUAAUAAGAUGGAAAACUACUUUAAAGACCUUCGAAUAUAGAAAAUUGGGUUCCAAUUUUCGGGAAACCUGGAAAAAUAUUUACUUAGUUAAUUAUUUAAUAAAAUCACGGGAAAAGCACAAAUUGUGUCAGAUUCCUGGAAUAAAACAAAAAAUUCAAAGAGGUAUUAUUCCACAUCUAUGAUUUUUCAUGCAUAACUUAAGUGGAUCUGACUGACAUUAUUUAUUUUUAAACUUUAGACUAUUUCAAUUGUAUGUAUUAUAUUUAGUUGUUGGUUAAAAAUGUUGUAUAUCAAAAAAAUUAAAUAUUCUAGUACAAUAACAUUUAUUGUUCACAAAAGUAACUGCACCAUACCCAAUGGCAUUUGAAAUUGUCUUCCUAAAUAAAAAAACCAUGCAUAACUUUAAUGAAUAUGACACAUUAAUAUUAAAUAAAUUACUACUCUGAUUUAAGUUGCUUAAAUGUCUUAUUAACCACAAAGCAGUAAAUAUUUUAAGUUAAAUUUAAAACUAAUAUGCAUAACCUAAAAGGCUUUUAUAAUAAUUUUUUGGUUCAUUAUAGUUUAUUGAUAUUUUGAAAUUUGCUCAUCAAAUGUUAUGCACAUAAAACUGUCCUUUAAAAUAAAUAUAACUAAUAAUACAAAACAUAUAAGCAAUAAUACAAAAACAAACACAUCAUUUUUUUAAACUGCAUAAAACCCUCAAUAUAAUUUCAAAGAAGAAAAACCAAAAAAAAAGUCAAUGCAAAGCAAUACGUAGGUAGUUAAAAACAAAUGAAAGUAUAAGUUUCCGUUUUGUAUUUUUAAUAUCUAUGAAACUGUGUUAUAUUUCUUUUUUAAUAAUUAAAUAGAGAUAAGUUUAGAGAAGAAAAAAAAGACAUUUUAUAGUGGAUCGGUCUUGUUAGUUUUCAUCUGCAGUGUAAUUCAUUUCCAUUAUGUACAUUACGGAAAUUCGACUUUUAAUUCGUUAAGUGAGGAGGCUUAAAUAUCUUAUGAAUAAUGCGUUUAUUUGUUGUAUUAACUAAACCGUAAUGAUCUCAAGAGACUAUUGGUAGCUAGAUUUUUUAUUAUUGUUUUAGAUAAGAAUAUACAGGGCCUAAAUUAUUUUAGCAAACAAAUUUCGAUGAAAACGGACCGAUUCGACCGAGCCGAAGAUUUUAAAUUAAAAAUCGCUAAUUAAACAAUAUCUUACCCUAAAAAGUAAAAUUUUGUUUUUUUAAUAUUCAAAUCGUAAAGUUAGGUCCGUGGAACAGGGAUAAAUUUAAUAAUAUACCUACUCAAUAAUAAAUAAGACGCGUAUAAAAGACGUAAUUGAACAACAUAUCAGCUAUUAUCGCGGACAGCUCGGCAGUUAUAUUGAAGAAUCACUUCAAAAAUAAGAGUUUUAAUGGGUUGAAUGAGCUUUACACAAGGCAGGUAAAAAUAAUAAAAUUAAUAGUUCGAAAAUUUAAUAAUAUACUUUUUUUGAAAGUAAUCGUAUUGAUCUAAUAGCUAGGAAUAAAUUAAAAAGUUAACGUUUAAUAUUAAAACUUUAUAAAUAUAUGUACUUAAAAAGGUUUUUUUUUUUAAGUUAAUUUCGAAAAAUUCUAAGAGCUUUUGAUGUGAUUCUUUUCGUCAAAAAUCUCCAAUUUAUUAAAACUUACUUGCGUCCAUUCCCAAUACGUCACGUUCGUUUAAUAAAUGCGGAUUUUUUACAAUAUUAGUCCCCCUAUAGAGGCUAGAGAUAGGAUAAAUUAUGAUGUAAUUCAAAAAAAAGGUAUUUUCAAAAAAAAAAUGAUAUCUCGACAAUAUUAUAAAUUAACUCUAUAUUCGUUUAGUUUUGAGUUAGUUGUAUUUUAAAGAAAAAAACUAUAUCGUGGGCCUUAUACUAUACAUUGAAGUUUAAAUUGUGCUGUCCAAAUUUUUUUAAUAUUAUUUUUUUUGUUUAUUACUUAUUUAUUGGUGUUUGGUAUAUAGUAAAAAAAUUAUUUACGCAAGGGUUAAGAUACUUUGAUGUUUUUUUUUUCUAAAAGAGUAUAUUUAUGCAUAACUUAAAUGGACGUGAUUGGUAUUGUUUGGUAAACAUUUAUCGUUAGGACCCUUAUAAGUAAAAUCGCUUAAAAGUUAUAUUAUAUUUUAUCAACAAACCUCUUUAACAGUAAAAAUACUCAAUUUUUAGUAAUUGAUCAUUUUAUUAAAAAUAAUGCAUAACUUCAAGAGACACGAUUGUCAUUUUAUAUCAAAUAUUUAAUUUUAAAGUUAAAGGUAAUAUUUUAUUUUGAUGAAAUUUUAAUUGCACUGGUGAAAAUCAAAGUAAAAACCCUUAAGUUUGUUGAAGGAAAAUAUUUAAAUUAUCUUAACCUUAAAACCUUAAAUUAAGUAAGACCUUAGGAAAAUCCGUCGGAAAGUCAAUUUUAAACUAUGUACUAGCUAUUUACUUUACUAUAUAUCAUACACUUCCUAAAGUAUUAAUGCAGAGUGUCUGAGAAAAAAACACUUUUGACACUCAACUUCCUAUGGAACGCCCAUAAAAAAAAAUAUCGGCGUAGGUACCUUAGUUUUAUACUUAUACUGUGUUGAUUUCGUUAUUGUACCUAAAAAAACGGUUAUUUUGUUGAAUGUAUACAAGUUGUAUAUAUUGAUAUUAUGAUAUAAUUGAUAUACAUACAUAUAUACUCUAAUUUAUAAUAAUAAUAAUUAUAAUUAAAAAAGUAGUUGAUAUAUUAAAAGAAUAUUGUGGCUGAGGGCGGUGCCCAUUUGUAUAGCCGCCCUUGCUAUGUCCUUGUGUUUCGAUAACCCCGGUCCAUUUGUUAACCUGUUUUCACCAUAUAAUUUAUAAAAAAAAUCUCUUUCAUUCAUUAUAUUAGCUUUUUAACAUAUUAAAUAAUACCGAAAGCCAAAAAUAAAAACGUAUGGUGAAAAUACGGUGUAAAUGUUUUAAGAAAAAUAAAUAAAUAAAAUUUUUGGCCACCUAAAGGCUUGUAUAUGCAAUAUCAAAAAGCAAUAACCAUACUCCUUCAUUGGACGCUUUUGAAUUUUAAAAUUAAGAAUUAUAUUAAUAUUUAAACAAGUUAUUGUAAGUAAUUUUAAUGAUCAUAAAUUUUACACUAUAUUAUAUGGAUGCGAAGGGGCAAAAUGAAGAAAAAUUUGCUACAGACCCGAUUGUAUGUACAGCUAGCAGUUGUAAAUUAAGAAAAAUGUGUUGUUGAUGGCCAGUGGACUAGAAAACAUAAUAAUUAUGUGGUCGAUUUUUGGCUAUAUUUAAUAUAUAUGCCCUCACGUGGGGUUUUCAUGUAUAUCUUAAACAGUGCGUUCUACAAUGUAAAUACAUAUUAAUAUUAUUAUUACAAUUAUAAGAAAUGAGGUUCACAACGUGCCGUGUGUGUAUGUGGGAAUAAAAUAUAAUAUGGACAUUGUUCAAAAUAUGA